CUAGCAGGUCUGAGACGCAGAAAAUAUCCGCGUGGCAAAACUGGAAGGUUUUUCAUUAUUGGUUUCUCUAUUCUCUUCUUCUCUAUAAGACAAGAUUGGAUAAAGAGAGGAGAGAGAGACCAAAAAAAAAAAUCUGGGGUUACAGGGAAAUGGGGAUGGAGUAGGGGAGAAGAACAAGUACAGGAGGAUGGAUUCUGAAGCUGCAGAGGACGAUGUUGUUUUGUCUAGUAACGCUCAAUGGCAAGAGGGUGUUUUCAAGAGGGAAAAUGAUGUGCAGAAAUUUGUGUUUGCCUGUGCCAUUUUUGCCUCUCUCAAUUCUGUGCUCAUGGGCUACGAUGCGGGUGUCAUGAGUGGAGCAAUUUUGUUCAUUCAACAAGAUCUCAAUAUAUCUGAGGUACAACAGGAAGUUCUUGUUGGAAUUUUAAGCAUAAUUUCACUUUUGGGUAGCUUAGCUGGAGGAAAAACAUCUGAUGCCAUUGGUCGAAAGUGGACUAUAGCUUUAGCGGCUAUUGUUUUUCAGACAGGGGCAGCUGUAAUGACUCUUGCCCCUUCCUUUGCGGUGCUGAUGACUGGCAGACUUUUGGCUGGCAUAGGGAUAGGCUUUGGGGUAAUGAUUGCACCAGUGUACAUAGCAGAGAUAUCACCUACUGCUGCCAGAGGAUUUCUUACCUCUUUUCCUGAAAUUUUUACAAAUCUAGGAAUCCUUCUAGGAUAUGUUUCUAACUAUUCUUUUUCGGGACUUCCAGUACAUAUAAACUGGAGGGUGAUGCUUGGAGUGGGAAUCCUUCCCUCAGUGUUUAUGGGGUUUGCCCUAUUUGUGAUUCCUGAAUCCCCAAGGUGGUUGGUGAUGCAGAAUAGGGUUGAAGAAGCAAGAUUAGUUUUGUCAAAGACAAAUGAAAAUGAAAGUGAAGUGGAGGAGAGAUUAGCAGAGAUACAAAUGGCUGCUGUCCGGGCUAAUGCUGAUAAGUAUGAAGCAAAAGCUGUCUGGCAUGAAAUAUUACAUCCUUCUCCUUCAGUUCGACAGAUGCUGAUCACUGGUUGUGGAAUCCAGUUUUUCCAACAAAUCACGGGUAUUGAUGCAACAGUGUAUUAUAGCCCCACAAUCUUUAAGGAUGCUGGAAUCAAGGGCGACACUCAGCUUCUUGCUGCAACUGUUGCUGUUGGGUUUACCAAAACCUUAUUCAUUUUGGUAGCUAUAUUUCUCAUUGACAAAGUGGGCAGAAGACGUUUGCUUUUCAUAAGCACAGUUGGGAUGACCAUCAGCUUACUUGUUUUGAGUCUGUCUUUAUUUUUUAUGGGGGAUGGAAAACUUGGAAUUGUUUUGGCAAUUUUAUCAGUUUGUGGGAAUGUAGCUUUCUUCUCUAUAGGACUUGGCCCUGUUUGCUGGGUUGUGUCAUCUGAAAUCUUUCCUCUAAGGCUUCGAGCUCAGGCUUCUGCUCUUGGGGCAGUAGGCAGUAGGGUUAGUAGUGGUGCGGUUACUAUGUCUUUUCUCUCAGUAUGUCAUGCAAUCACGGUAGGAGGAACUUUCUUCAUCUUCUCAGUGAUUUCAGCUCUUUCUGUUCUUUUUGUCCAUACAUGUAUUCCAGAAACAAAAGGCAAGUCCUUGGAGCAAAUUGAAAUGCUGUUUCAAAAUGGGGGAGAGUGUCAAGGAGGGGAGGUUGAAUUGGAAGAUGCAGAACGGCUGGUACAAAAAGAAUGAGCGGGUAGGGUGCUUGAAUGCUUCAUUGCUAAUCCACAAAGGUGCUUCUUGUUGUAAAUUGAUUUAGGCGAUGGGUGAUUUUCACACAUCUUGUGAAUGCUAUACAGUUCAAAAUCACUAUAGAUUCUUUAGGAAAUUGACAGUGUUCUGUGAAAGAUAAUUGUACAGUGACUGAACAAGAAAAAUUGAAGUUCUUAUCUGAUUUACAGUGGGCAUGUCUGGCACAAUUGGCCUGAAGUUAAGGGAGCUCAAUGUACAUGUUUGUUCCAUUGUUAUUUUAUUUGUUGAAGGUGGGGAUUGAGCUUGUAUUAAUUGACUAAUUCAUUGAAAUUAUAGGAAUAAUUUGCCUA